UUUCUAUUUAUUUAUUUAUCUGUUUGCUGGUUUACCCAUCCCUUGGAUCCGAACCAAAUAUGAAAUUGCUGCUGGACUCCUCCUCGUCGCUCCUCUUCUCGCUGCUAUUGGCCCAGCUGCCCGUGUUCACGUCUGCCUCUCCAGUACCACAGCGGCGGCCCACUGACAUGGACAAACUGUCCAAUCAGACCAAAAAUCUAAUGAAGCUCACCCAAGAACUGCUGAGGGAGCAUGCAUUUGACUCAGACGUGGAGCCCCACAGGUUCAGGUCUCUGCCAGAAAUGAGCAACAGAUCAGCCAAUGACCUCAACAAUCUUGAGCUGAAGCCCACACUCUCUCAGCUGCAUGCUGACCUGAAGCUGUAUGAGCACCACUUUGAGUGGCUGAACAAGGUCUCAAAGAAGCACCACCACCCUGCGCUGCCCAAGCUGGUAGAGAUGAUCAGAGAAAUGAAAUCUCUUAUCAAUCUGCUGCACCGUCAGAUGUUGAGAGUUGAAGCACCAAGGCUGACUCAGGCAACCCCCUCCCUCCCCCCUCACCUCCCCUAUCAGUUUGAUGUCUUACAGUCCAGUCAUGAGCUUCUUCAACACUUCAAGCUCUUCUGUGAUUGGGCAUACAGAGCAUUCAUCAGCCUCAAGCCCAAAGUCUCUGCAGUACAAUGACGAUCAAAACCCAUUCAUUCAGUUCCUCUCAACUACAUGGCUGCAGAGCCAGUGAGGACACAUGGAAUCCGCCUCAGCCAAAGGGGAAUUAGGACCAUGUCAGUGUGCACUGUAGUCAACAGCAUCCCUUAAAAGGCCCAAACGUCAACUAAUGACAUGUGUGUUGAAGAAUGUGUUUCCAUCAGAGCCAAUAAAGAUGAGCUAUACUCCAGCCAGUUAAAGGCCCGGACACACAGAGCCGAU